GUUUUUUUGAUUGAUAAAUUUCUGUCGGUUCGUUAUAAUAUAUAAUAUAUCGUAAUAAUCUACUGCAAUACUGUAAUAAUAUAUAUUAUAUCGUAAUAAUCUACUGCAAUGGCCUCAUCAUUGCUUUUUAAUUACAAAUACUUGUCAAGAGAAAAACUUAAUGGAUUUGAAAAAUAUAAAUAUAAAUCUGUGGACACAUCACCAUUAUCAAACUAUGUUAUGCAUCCAUUUUGGGAUCAACUAGUCAAGAUAUUUCCUAUGUGGGUCCCUGCCAAUAUUUUAACUUUAUUUGGAUGGAUUUGCUCGUUGAGUUGUUUUCUACUUUGUUCAUACUUUGAUGUACAUUUUAUAUCACAAAAAGAAGUUCCAAGAUGGGUGUGGCUUCUCUCUGGUAUUUUAAUUUUUUUUGCUCAUCAACUUGAUGGCUGUGAUGGAAAACAAGCACGUCGAACUAAUUCAAGCUCACCAAUUGGUGAAUUGUUUGACCAUGGGCUAGAUAGUAGUGCUGUGUCAUUGAUGUGUAUAAGUAUUUUAUCUUUAUUUGGCGUCAGUGAACACACUGGUACACACUGGGAAAUAACUCUAAUCUUUAUGUUGGUUUUGUUCUCAUUUUAUAUUCCUCAUUGGGAAAAAUAUAAUACUUCUGUAAUGUUCUUACCAUGGGCGUAUGAUGUAUCUCAAAUAUUACUAGUGAGCUCAUUUAUUGCAAGUUUUUUUUAUGGUACGGAAAUAUGGAGAGUGUCAUAUUUUAAUGGAGCCUUAAAUCUCACAUUCAUUUUAAAAUUUAUUUUUUACUUUCUAUUUGUUUUUCUGCUGUUUCCUGUAUCGAUUAUUAAUCAAUAUCAAGCACGAAAAAAAACUCCAAAAGAUUGUGUACCUGUAAUUGAAGGUUUAUACCCUUUAGUUGCCAUCGUAAUACCUACAUUUCUGUAUUUGUUGUUUGGUUAUUGGUCGGAUAGUAAUAUAGUUAUUACAAAUUUACGCUUAUAUAUUGUUGGAUAUGGGCUACUUUAUUCAAACAUUACUUGUCGGCUGAUUAUUUCACAAAUGACAUCCACAAAAUGUGACCGCUUUAACAUUCUUGCCUGGCCGUUGUUUCCUAUGCUGGUUGCUGCAUAUUUAAAAUUGAUAAAUGACAAAACAAUGCUUGUUGUUUAUACUAUUUUUCUUACGUUAGCACAUAUACAUUAUGGAAUUAAUGUGGUUCAUCAAUUAUGCAUGCAUUUAAAUGUGUAUUGCUUUCGAGUGAACGGAAAAGUUCGAAACGAGCUGAGUAAAGAAUUGCAUAAAAGUCAUAUUAAUGGAAAGGAAAAGCGUUAAGGAAAAUUGUAAAAAUUGCUUUUAGGAUGCUUUGCUAUUUAUUUUAUAAAUUUGGACGCGCAUAAGCUUUUGCUUAUGGUUUUAUAAUGCAAAAUAAUUUACUUUAGUGUUAUAAUUGUCAUAUGUAUAUAUAGAUAUCAUAUGUAUAUAUAGAUAUCAUACUUUUUACGCCGCACAGCGAGUCAGAAUGUUUACAAAAUAAAACUUUUUAUAAAUUUAAAACAAAGAUAACAUCAUAGGUAUUUGCAUAGAUUCAGGUCUCUUGUAUACAUUUCUCCUAAAAAAGAAAUGGUCUUGUAGUUUUAGACGAGUAUCCAAUUUUGAAGCUGUUUUGUCCGCUGUGCGUCGUUAGUUACCUUAUUUACAGUUAGUUAGAAUAAAAAAAUUUAAUGCUUUUAUCAUGCCUUAGUGCAAGUUGACCUUGCAGUGAAAGCGAUUUUUUUGGAAAUUGCGAAUAUAUUUUAUAAGCUACUUAUACUUAGUUCAAUUUAAAAGCAACUUAAAGUUUCGUAUCCUCUAAAAAUGUGUUUUUUUGCGUCAGUUUGCGUAUAUACUUACAAAUGAUUAUUUGAUCAUCCAAUGAUGUAUUUUGAAAUGUAUAAUAUAGAAAUAGAAUGAAAAGAUCACCGUUUGA